GAUGACGUCAAUGACACUUCGUAUCAGUAAAGGAGACAUCGCAUAAGCUCGAACCGGGGCGUAUGAAUAGUGCGAUCAUUCUCUCUCUCUCUUCUCCCUGUGUUCUUUGCUUCUGUCAACCCAUAUAGUACAGUUUAAUAUCUCGUUCCAAGCUUCAAGACUACAAUUACCCCGAUUUCACUCCGAAUUAGUCUUCUUGAUUGGAAAUUUGCGACUACGUCAAUGGCUCGAUUUCUACCAGUAGGCCAGAUCCUUCUCACGCUGCCGGCGCUCCAGAUCAUGAUUGCUGCUUACUUUACGGAUGUGCUCGGGACUCAUGUUUGCAACCCAGACUGGCCGGGGCAUGCGAGAUAUCACAACGCCCAAACCAUGGACUUGAUGAUAUUCUUGGAAAUAAUGACCUUGUACUUUACAUGGAGGUCGCCAUUUUUAAGAGGCUCGACUGAGAAAAGAGAAUCACUGUUUGUCGCAGCACUUAUAGGAUCUACAUUCUUCGUUACUGGUAUGCUAGCGCCUUACUUCCCAGGCCGACUUUGCCUAGAUAAAGGCGUGCCCCCCGGAGAGCCUGGAACGCCGGGUAAUUUGAUUUACGGAGUGCCUCUUGUUUUGAACUGGAUCGGAUACAGGGUAGCGAUUGGGAGAACCCAGCAGAGCGAGCACCAAGAAUGAAAAAUAUAAGGAAUGUGCAUAAAAAUGUGGUGUGACAAAUUCCAAGACGCGGCGAAGAGCUAUUGAAGAUACAAGCUACAGAGCGAAGCUCUACAAGAAACAGUGAGAAUUGAAUAGCAAUGAGAUUUAGCACAGAACGGGAAGUUAUUAUCCACACGCGCAUGGAUUCUGAUCGCAUUAUUGUCGCACUUCAUUUUGGCUUGUUCAAAUUUGUAAUCAAUACCACUGAAUGGCGGGUUUCUCUCAACAUUCGUAACUUUAAUUAUGUUGCAAAGGAGCAGAUCUUGAAUAAACUAUGCAGCCAAGUUCAUUU